UUAGUUCUUGAAAGGUCUUAAAAGCCAACAACAAGAAAGCAACAGCCACAGUCGCCCUCGGCUUGCUCAACAGGGGUUUUUGUAUCUGUUGGUCCUGGAUUUUGUUAAGUUGCUUUGAGACAAUGUAUAUUGUAAAAAGCGCUAUAUAAAUAAAGUUGACUUGACUUGACUUGACUUGACUUUUAUAGUACAAACAACAUUUGUGAAAUACAUGACAACUAAAACGCCAGCUGAUUGGUGGAAUUUAGCCUCUUAUUCGUGUCUGUGCUGUUUACAAAGCUUGGUGAAGCCUAAAUGUUAGUAUUUAAACUUAUUCUGAUAUAAUUCUGACUCAACAUCAACAACACGCCCUUUAACUCCAGUAAAUAAGUUAUCUUUUGCAGCAACAUGUGCAUGCAGAAUUAGAUUCCAUCGCCAGACGUGAUUAUGACGUUACAUGUUGUGUUGGGACAGUUCUGUAAACGCGUCCCGGGACCUUGACCAGUUUGCGUGGUAUGUUUUGGAUAACUGUGAAGGAAAGGAAGCGAAGCCUCCCACGCAGACACACAAACUUCACGCAAACGCACUGAGAAAUGAGUGACAGAUCAGAGGAAAGCUCCACCCAGUCUGUCCGUUUCUGUGCAAACAAAGCGGUGCAUCAUUAAGAAUUUAGGCAGCAGGAUGGAGGCCGACGGUGCGCUUUGAUCUCCGGAGCGCGCGCGGAUGCGGUGUUGCACGAGCGCCUCCGGUUCGGGCGCGUGCUGCAGGACGGCGCUGCUGCUGCUGCCGCUGUGCAUCUGCUUGAUCUUUAACGAGAUGGGGUGCAUCCGGAGCCUCCUCUGCAAGCCCAAGAGCUUCCGCGAGAGCGUCAGCGUGCUCGAACUGACCGCAUCCAUCGACCCGAACCCCACCAGCAUCGACGAGUCCUCGAGCGUGGUGCUGCGCUACCGGACGCCGCACUUCCGCGCCACGGCGCGCAUCUUCGUGCCACCGGUGGCCGCCCAGGAGACGUGGACGGUGGGCUGGAUCCAGGCGUGCAACCACAUGGAGUUCUACAACCGGUACGGAACCGAGGGCAUGUCCAGCUGGGAGCUUCCUGACCUGCGCGACGGCAAGAUCCAGGCCAUAAGCGACUCGGACGGCGUGAACUACCCCUGGUACGGCAACACCACGGAGACCUUCACCAUCGUGGGCCCCACCAAGAAGGACACCAAAUUCACCGUGAGCAUGAACGACAACUUCUACCCCAGCGUGACGUGGAGCGUCCCGGUCAGCGAGAGCAGCGUGCCCACGCUCACCAGCAUCUGGAGGGACCAGAACUUCACCACGUGGCUGGUGGCCAUCAACUGCGCCUCGGGGGAGACGGCGGUGCUGCAGACGGUGCGCUGGCGCAUGCGACUGCGCAUCGCGGUGGAUCCCGACAGACCGCUGGGCUCGCGGGCGACGCUCCUGGAGCCCAGCGCUCAGGACCAGCCGCAGGUGCUGGGCAAAAACGAACCCAUCCUGCCGAACGCCAUGGUCAGACCCAACGCCAACGACGCCCAGGUUCUCAUGUGGAGGCCCAGGACUGGAGAUCCGGUGCUCGUUAUACCUCCCAAGUACUGAGUUCGUUUUUUAGGAAUAAACCCAGAGUGAAUGUAGUGACGUGAAAGUGGAGCAGAAGAACCUUUCUACCUUCAGAACGGGUCGGGAUCACUGUGCUAAAACGAGGCCAUCGCAAAAAGACUAUUUUUGGGUGUGUAAGUGUGAGAGUGACUGUGCAGCCAUGUUUGACCAUGUGGUCUGUUAGUAUUACUGUGUUUGCUUUAGAUAAUUGUUUGUAUUUAUUUAUUUGGAGGCGUUUGAGAACAAAAUGUGAAGAUUUUAGAAGUUUUAUAAACCAGUCAGUCCAGUCCCUGCUGCCUUACGUUUCCACUGCUUCACUCCUGCUGCAAACCCGUAGCCUUACGCCAGAUUCAGACCCAAUACCCGGGAGGGACUAGAUCCAAGAGGGACACGAUCAGGGAGGGACUAGAUCUGAGAGGGACUAGAUCUAAGAGGGAACUACAUCUAAGAGGGACGGCAUCUAAGAGGGACGGCAUCUAAGAGGGACUAGAUCUGAGAAGGACUAGAUCUGGGAGGGAUUAGAUUCGAGAGGGACUAGAUCUGAGAAGGACUAGAUCUGAGAUGGACUAGAUCUGGGAGGGGACCACGCUGAUGGAAUGAAGAAUUAAAAUAAAGAACCCAUGGGACAGGAAGAGGGGUUGUUCAUUUUUGAGCCUUUAAAAUUGGGUCAGUGGCUAAAAAAGGUUUGAAGCCUCAGAAAUAAGAAGUUUUUGCUCUUUGAGGAAUUAAAAUCAAAUAAAUUUUUGCCACUGUGAGAAAAGUUCAUGAAGUGAAAUCAGGGGGGUCGGGAGGGUUGGGGUGAGUGGUGGUCGGUCGCAUCUUAGAUGCAGCAGCCACUUAAAAAAGCAAAAUGCCAAAAAAGAGGGGCACUGGGUACCAACCAACGCUCCUCCUGAAGCAGCCCCAGGGCUCAAAUCGCUCAGAAAUGUUUAGCCACUGAACGCCGAUACUUGAACAAAGAUGACGGGACUGGAUGUAUGAAUCUGAUGCACAACUUGAACAUUUUUUAACAAAAUAAUAAACAAUAAAAAUGUAAACAUGAAA